AGCUGCCGCCGCGUUAAAAUGGCUACAAUGUAACAUCUUUUCUGCCUUUGAUGCUUCUUGAGCCGCGGCUGAUCUUCGAGGAUUUAAAAAAAAAAGUAUAUAUAGAUCCAUAUAGAUAUAUAAUUAUUCUUUUGGAAAAGCAGCAACGUCUACGCGAAACGCAGCGAGGUCUUUCGACAGGGAAAUGGAGAAGACACCCUCAACGCUGCCUGUCCUUUCUGCUGUUCCCCUGCCAACCCACGAGCUCAGAGCUUCACCCACCCACAUUCAAAGCCCAGUUGAGAAGGAGGAAGGGCCAUCGGUGACAUCUCCCAUAUCUUCAUUGGAUGGUUCUAACAAUCCAGGGCUUUUGGGUAGCCAGACACAGCCAGCGUGGAGUGGGAGUGGCAGUACUCGAAACCAGGAUCUGCAGCUCCUAAAGCGCAGACCCACCGCAGGGAAACGUUACCAGUGCUCAGGGGAUGGCUGCCGGCUGGCCUGUCGCAGCAUGAAGGAACUUCUUGACCACAUGCAGGUCCACUAUCGGCCCACCGAGUCCCUUGAGGGAAAGACAUUCCGCUGCUCCACUCUGGGUUGCAUGGAAUCGUUCCCCAACAUGGAAAACCUGAUGAGUCACAUGAAGGUGCAUUACAAGCCCAACCGCUACUUCAAAUGUGAGAACUGCAUGUCACGUUUCCGGACACACCGCUCCCUCUUUAAGCACCUGCACAGCUGUUCUGAUGCCAUUACCACCACCACCUCUUCCCCAGCCCUAACAUUGGAAAAACCCAUCUUUCCACCUACCUCUAGCCUGGAAAAAGAGCCACCGGGGAAGCUGCUGGAGGAGCUUCCAAAACUCCAGAGUGUCAUACAGCACUUCAAGAAGGAAGCUCUUCUCCCUGGCAUGAUGGACACUGCUCUGGCCACUGACUCACUCCCGGCUGGACUUCCUGGCCCCUUAGAAUCUGUGCCAUUGCCAACAUCUCCUACAUAUCCUUUGUUGGAGCAAUCCUUGUUUGGGCCACCCUCCCUGGCAAGGUUCUCUGGGCCACCUCAUCCUUCAGUUUCAGGGCCCUUCUUGCCCUAUAUGCACCCCACAUCCUAUGCUUUACCUCAAGCUGCAGUGCAGAACCGCCUCAGACCUUUCUUGCCAGGCCAAGGCCUCCCUGUUUCCAAUGCUGUGUGGAAGAAAAGCCAAGGACACUCCUCCAACAGCCGCAUUGUAUGGGAACAUACCCGAGGCCGUUAUAAUUGCUUACAGUGCCCCUAUUCCACAGCCUCUCGGGAGGAGAUGACCCAGCAUACUGAAGACCACCGCAAAAAUCCCUCUCCAACCAGCCGCUUGGAUGGGGAAAUGGACUUUGGUGUUGCCCUUCCCUCAUUCCACCCGAAGUUGACACCAGAAGUGGAGAACUCUCUCUUUUCCCCGCUGUGAGGUUUCCACUGGGCUGAUCAAGAUGACUUUAUUGUUUCCUCCAUGAAAUACAGCACCUGCGUGGAGAGAUUUAUUUUUUUUAUGUGUGCAUUCCCCCCACAGGAGGCGUCUGGGGACAACGAUGUGUCAAAUUUAGGCCAGAAUUCAUCUGCAUUCUAGCUUGUCCAGAAUGAGCAAGUGCACUGAUGCAUUUUGCCUACUCCUGUUUGUUUCUAGGUACUCCCCUUGGCAGGAAAAGCCAAGCUUCUUAAGUUCCCAGUCUAUGUUUUGUUGAGCAUUGCAUCUGAAUCUAGUCCUUGGCUUCUUCCUCAAAUAACAAGCAAAUAAGACACUGCCCAUUCUUGGCUUAAAUCAGGUUUGUCAGGUAAAGAACGUCAGGGAUUUUGAAUCAAACAUGACCACACAGACCACA